AUGUCCAUCCCUCGGCAUGCCUCGGGUAUCUCUUCUUCCUUUAGAGGAGACUCCUUGCGGGUCUCCUCUCGCUCAGGUGUCUCCUCUCCAACUGUCUCCCUGAAGGCAGAAACUGCUGCUGCUCUUGCUUCGUGGGGUCUGCUGUCUCCUUUGCUGCUGCAGCCGCUGCAGCCGCACGGCUUGGCGGUUUUAAGCCCCCCCCGUAGUUUGCAUCUGCGGAGCGGUGUGGGGUUGCUGGAGUUGCUGACGUUUGCUCUGCAGCGUCGUGGGAUCGAUCGCCUCCCCGAUCCCAGGAGCGUCUCCCAUGCCACCAACCCCACAGCCUUCGCUAACAACUGGAAGAGCCUCGCACCCCACAUCGAGGCCCUUGGCAUUUGCUUAGGAGACACCUGGAGUAAGGCAUUAGAGAAAGGAGACCCUGAAGCUGUUGGGUCUCUAGUAGACCUUGUGGUGGAGAGACAGCUCAAAUACGAACAAGUUGUCCUUGCAUACGAUAACACCCCUCUCCCCCGCCCUUCUGCUGCUGCUGCUACUGCUGCUGCUGGCGGUCCUAGCGCUGGUGUUGCUGCGGAUCCUUCUACAACUGCUGCUGCUGCUGCUGCUGCGCACGCAAGGGACAGAAUUGCCCUAUCUGCAGCAAAUGCAGAGGCAGCAACAGCAGCAGCAGCAGUUGAUGCUGCUGCAGGAGACGCGAGCAGCAGCAGCAGGAGUUCUCUAGCGGCCCCACGUAAAACUGUCAGAGGCAAUAUGCCGCCUGCUGCUGCUCCAGGCGGUGCCUCUGCUGCCUCUGCUCAUUCUGCUUCUGCUGCUGCUGCGGCGGCGGCUGCUGCUGCCGCUGCUGGGCAUUCCUUGUACUCUUCUGGCAGAAGCAGCGAGGAAAAGGCCUCCGACGUCUGCAUGCAGCCCCAACCCACAGCUCCUCCUCACGAUGCCCCCAACGAGCUGCAGCAGCAGCAGCAGCAGCAGCAAUGGCAGGCAAACGCCAUCCAGCAGCAACAAGAACAGCAGCAGCAACAACAGCAGCAGCUGCUACAACUGCAGCAGCUCCCGCAGGAGCUGCAGCAACAAUUGCAGCAGCAACUGCAGCAGCAACUGCACCAUCAACACCAGCAACUGCAACAAGAGCAACAGCAGCAACAACAGCAACUGCAGCAGCAACUGCAGCAGCAACUGAAGCAUCAACAGCAGCAGUUGCUGCAGCAGCAACAGCAACAGCAACAACUCCAGCAGGAGCUGCAGCAGCAACUGCAGGUACAACAGCGGCAGCAGCAGCAGCAACUGCAACAACUCCAGCAGGAGCUGCAGCAACAACUGCAGCAGCAACUGAACCAUCAACAGCAGCAACUGCAGCAACAGCAACAGCGACAGCAACAGCUCCCGCAGCAAGUGCAGCAGCAACUGCAGCAGCACCUGCAGCAACAACUGCAGCAGCAACUGCAGCAACAACUCCAGCAACUGCAGAGGGAAGGCGGGGAGCAGCAGCAGCAGCAGCAGCAAAGGUGUAGAGAGGAGGUCGUCGGGGGAGGGUUGUUUUGCAUGGAGGAGUCCUCAUCUGCUGCUGCUGCAACGUCAGCCGAAACAGCAGCAGCAAUAACAGCAACAACAGCAGCAGCAAUAGCAGCAGCAACACCGCCAGCAAGGAUAGAGCUGGCAGCAGCUAAAUGCAUUCAAACAGCAGUAGCAAACCCCAGUGCUGCUGCUGCUACAGUCAAUACAGAAGAAGCAGUGCGGGCGGCUGUCUUUAAGCAGCAGACAGACAUCCAGUCAGAGGACUUCACCGAUGCCCCACUAUUUGAACGGAAGGCUGAGGAGAUCGCUGACCUUGAAUCUCACAGCAGCAGCAGCAACAACAGCAGCAGCAGCAUUCUCUUGUGUAGGUACCUGGCUGAGACGCUGCUGCAGCCUUUGCGGCAGAGCAGCAGUCUCCGUUUGUCUGCUGCGGAGGUCUGCAGCAGCUCAGCUGUCUCUCGAGGUCCCCAGCAGUUUGUGGAUGUGGGGUGUACAGCCACCGAAGCACCCCUGCGGGUUAACAGCGAUCUGCUGCAGCUGCAGCAGGAAGAGAGGGAGCAGCAGCAACAGCAGGAUGACCUAGACGAGCUGCAGCAGCAGCAGCAACAACAGCAGCAACAGCAGCAAGAGGAGCCGGCAAAGGACCAGUUGCAGACACAGCACGAGCAACAGCAGCUGCAGCAGCAGACACAGGAGCAGCAACCCCAACAGGAACAGGAGCAGCAGCAGCAGCAGCAGCAGCAAGACCUUGAAGGGGAGAAGGAUGCGCCUCAAGAAGCAAAAGAGACAUCUGAAAUGUCUCCAAACAGCAGCAGUUCUUCUGUAAGCCAAAACGAGCAGCCCUUCCCAAUCGAGCCUCCAGCACAAGACUCAGAGCAGCAAACUCAGCAGCAGCAGCAGCAAGAGCAGCAGCAGCAGCAGCAGAGCCUUGAUGAGGCUCAGGAAGAUUCAAGCACCAUUACUUCAGAAGAGAGCACCACGGAAGCACCAGCAGCAGCAGGAGCAGCAACAGAAGCAGCAGCACGAGGCGCAGCAGAAACUGCAGCAGCAGCAGCAGCAGCAGCAGCAGCGGCAGCAGCAGGGGAUGCUGCUGCUGCCUCUGCAUAUUUAUGCGGGCGCCGUUUGUCUUCCGGUAAUUUAGAAUGGGGAGGGGGGUCGAGGCGCCGCACCAGCAGCAUUUUUGUGUCUCCUCUUGGGGAGAUAGAGACAGAGCAAGAAGGCCCUUUCUUAGCACACCCAACGAAGCAUGCUCAGCAGCAGCAGCAGCAGCAGCAGGAGGAGGCCCAGGGCAUCAGCGUUGAGGGUGGCGGGGAGAGGCGAGCUCCUUUACGUGGUAACGACAACAUAGAGGAGUUGCUGCUGCAGUUGCUGCAGCAGCACUUUCACUGCAGCAGGAGCAGCAGCAUUAACAUCGUAAAGGAGAGAGGGAGGAUGAUGCAGGCGCUGCUGCAGUCAGAAGGACAAGAAGCUGUCUCCCUAAACAUCAGCAGCUGGAUUCGGGGCUUCAACAGCAGCGCGACGCAUGCAGCAAGGCUGCUGCACAAAGAGCCGAAGAAAGCCCCAAUCGUAAUCCAAAUCUUCUGCGAAGGGGCCUCUUUGCUUCACUCCAAGGGUCUAAUAGAGCAGGCGGCAUGUCUUCUUGAGUCCCUCGCGCUGCUGCUGCAGCAGCUGCUGCUGCUGCUUCCCUCCUGUCGUAUGCUGCAGCAGCGGCUGCUGGAUCAUCUCCGUCGGUCUCCCGCUGCUGUUUGUCUCUCCCAGAUAGCAGCAGCAGCAGAGGAAGUAGUAGCUUACGUGCACUGCGCAGCAGCAGCAAGAUUGCUAGCAGCAGCAGGAGAUGUGUUGCUGCAGUGGAGCAGCAUUAACCCGGAGGUGGUUUGGGCGGGGGGUCUCCUGAAGAUGCUCCUGCAAAACGAAGCCUCAUACUUCCUCCUAGCAAGGCUUGUGCUGCAGCAGCACCAGCAGCAGCAGCAGCAGCAGCGGCAGAAGCAGGAGCAGGAGCAGCAGCAGCAGCAGCAGGAAGAGGGAGGAGAGACAAGGCAGCGUAAGAGUUUGUCGGUGGAGGUCCUCGAGGCAUUGGCUGUUGAGGCGUGCAGCACCGUGCUGCAGCAGCAGAAGGCUCCUGCCACCCGUGCUGCCGCGCUGCUGGUGUUGGGGCCCCUCAGCCGCUGCUGCAGCAAUUUGCUGCUGCCUGGAGACGACGAUCCCGCCCGCAUCCAACGACAAAUCCUCGGGUGUCUCCAAAUAGCAGCCGCAGAACGGGAGGGGAACCUGGCGACUGCUGCUGCAGCAGCUGCUGCUGAUAUCGUUGUUGCUGCUGCGGAAGGACACUCUAGCGAGUUUGCUGCUGCAGUCGUAGGGGAGGGGUUUGUGCUGGAGGCCCUUCUUCCUGCUGCUGCUCUCGCCGCAGCAGCAGAAAAAGGUGUAUUCGUGGCACCCACUACAGCAGCAGCAGCAGCAGCUGCUGCUGCUGCAGUAACAAAAAGCGCUGGAGCAGCAGCAGUUGACACUGAGCGUCUCCUUUCGUUUAUUGAGGCACUUCUCGGCUCCAUUAAAUCGCUUGGCCCGGCGGAGGCUUCGCUUUGUGUUGCUUUCUUUGCACAUCCUCACACUUCUUCCGACUUGGCUGGGGCGCUGCUCUCUGCGAUAUCUUCGGUGCACACACGAAAAAACCCAAUUGCUGCUGCGCUGCUGCUGAAGCUGCUGGUAGAGGGAUGGAGGGGACGGGGGUCUCCUGAGCUGCUGCAGCGAAUCACAAAAAAGCUGCUUCUGCUAGACCGCGUUGCUGCUGCAGCAGCAGCAGCAGCAGCAGCAGCAGCAGAAGCGCCAACAGCAGCAGCAGAAGACCCAACAGCAGCAGCAGCAGCAGCAGCAGCCGGGGAGAGGAUGUGCUUAGCUGAAGCUGUUCGGGAGUGCCUGAGGAGACAGCAAGAGGAGCCCCCACUUGAAGAGGAGACAAAAGAGACACUUCUCGCGCUUUGCGAUGAAUGCAUGCGCGAAGACAUAGAAGAGACAGUCUCCCACUUCAACAGCCUAGCGGGGGGUGGGGGGCCACCGGGGCCUCAACUGUCUCUUUCUGCAGCAGACCGCCUGCUGCAGGAGCUGCAGCAGCACCCAGCAGCAGCAGCAGCAGCAGCAGCAGCAGCAACGGGAGAGAUGCAGGCGCAGCAGCAAGCGGAGGAGACAGAGCUUGACGCCAGCAGCAGCGCCCACUGGCUAGAAGGCCCUGAGGAGACCCUUCAAUCUGUCUCCUUCUCUCUCAGCUUCUCUGCGCAGCAGCAGAGCUUGUCUUCUCUGGAUCAGCAGCAGCAUGCAGAAGCAGCAGCAGCAGCAGCAGCAGCAGCAGAAGGGGCAGGGUCGCCACAGCACUCGUCCGAGCAAAGUCCCCAGGGGGCUGCCUGGCGGUCUUCUCCGGGGCCUCACCUUUUCCACUGCAGCAUCCAGCAGCAGCCCGUCGGUGCAGCAGCAGCAGCAACAGCAGCAGCAGCAGCAGAACCUACUGAGCCUCUUGAAGAAGUCGAGUGCAAGUUGCUGCUGCACUGCUUCCGCCCCGUCUUCGUUAAGCUGUUCGAUCUGCUGCAGUGCGAGGACGAUUUGCUGCCUCUAACAGCUCUGCCUCUGAUUCUCCAAGCAGUGGGGGCCCCCUGCAGCAGCAGAAGUCGGGUGUUCUGCACUAACCUCUGCAGGGCUAUGAAGCAGCAAAUCGCUCGGCUGGAGCCGGGAUCGCCUUCGCAGCACCUCAACGAACUCAGCCUGGCGGAGUUUGAAAUCUUCCUCUUGCAGAGCAUCUCGGCUCCCCCGAUGAUUUAUCGCGGCGUUGCUCUCAGCCCGAAGACAGAAAGAGGGGCCCAAAUAUUUUCUCUUCUUUAUCGAAUUAAGCGUGAAGGAGCACCUGCAGCAGCGCCACCUUCAGCAGCAGCUGCAGAAGCACCAGCAGCAAAUGGAGCAACAGCAACAGCAGCAGCAACAGCAGCAGCAACAGCAACAGGAGCCUUUGCCCUUGCUUGCUUGUGCAACUGGCUGUUAUGCUUUCUCAAGGUGCCUGGGUCUCGAACAUCGUGCUUGCCUCCUCUUAUAAAGAGCUGCGAGGCUCGUCUUGCUUCUCGGCAUGCUGCUCUUUUGGUAGAGAGCCUCAACUGUCUGCUCAGUGCUGGGGUGUCUAUACACCGCUUACCUCCAGGCCUCGGGCUGAUUGAGCAAAAGACGGCAGACGGCAAAAGCUUCAAGCAAGUCAUUCUGCGUCAAGGCGGUGAUUCCUCAUCAACAGCAGGCCCAGCAGCAGCAGCAGCAGCAGCAGCAGCAACAGCAGCAGCAGCAGCAGCAACACGGCCUUCAGAUUUACCUUUGGAGGACUCCGUCUUGCGUGCUGCUUCUCCAGCAGCAGUGCAGCAGUGGGCAGUUGCUGGGUCUAUGCUGCCAACAGCAGGCCUGAUAGCAGAGUGUAGCGAGGAGAAGAGGCCUUUUGGGGCAUCGACGGCAAUUAACAAAUUUUGUUCGCAGCAACUGAGAGAAAUUCAAGAAGACGCAAUCUACAGAGAAGAAGAGUCAAGAAAAGUGCAGUGCGUGCUGCCAGCAACGGCCAGGACGGGGCUGAGGCAGCAGCAGCAGUCUGCUGGCGCUUCUAUGAACAAUCUUUCUACAAACCCUAGGCAAUGCAGCAGCAGCAGCAGCAGCAGCAGCACUGCAGCAGCAGUAUCAAUGCAUCAGCAGCAGCAAGAACAGCAGCAACACUGCACUGCAGAGCAGCACCAGCAGCCACCCGUCGUUUGUUCUACAGCAAAAGCAGCUGCCCUCAGUAGCUUCUCUGUCCGGCCGCAGACCGACACCUCCACACCGAGCCCCCACCCCCAGCACCCCAGCAGCAGCAGCAGUAGCAGCAGCAGCACAGCAAUGAGGGGGCGGCUGCGCAGCAGCAGCAAAUCUGGUGCAACAAAGAACGAACGGGAGGAGGUCCGGCGAGCUCAGCAGAAGCUGCUGCGGACUGCGACGACUGCCAGCGAAGAGACUGUGGGGCGCUGUCUCUCUCGCAUUUUGUCUCACUGUCUCCUUGACGACAUGCGGGCCUUAAGAGACGGGCAAGAACACCCCUUAGCUAGCUAG